AGCCACAGUCAACAUCAGUUGCUGCUAUACUACUGUAGCUGCUACUCACAGUGAAUUCCAUUCCAUCUCAGUUUUCACUGUGGAAAACUGACGACGCAGGAAGCGUUUCCGCGCGGUGAUCAUCCUCGAGAAGAACGCCGAGUAACAAGUUCUGGAUUUUCUGGUCGAUCGGUGCGCGCCAACUAGCCAAGUGUCGCGUCGUGCCGACCGCUGCGGCUGCCUCUGCCUUUUAAGCUUCCAGCGCCUUCAUCUCCUCUCCCUUUUUCCCAUCGGCAAGUCUUCUCUCAGGAUGAGCAUCAGCCGAGCUAGAUGACGCAUAUAUAGCUGAGCAUUCACGCCGUCUCCCAUCUUCCUUCCCCCCCGCCCGAUCCCCUCACUCCACCAGCACGGUUUCUUCUCCUUCUUCUUCUUCUUGGUUCUUCUUCCCGGCCUCGCAUUGCAGGCGCCUGUCGACCGAAACAAGACGCAUGAAAUUGAUACGCGGAGGAAGACAAAAGUAGUGAGAAAUUCAGCUAGAAUUCUGACCGUGGAGCUCUGUGCGGUGCAGAUGCGGACCAUCAUCAUCAAGGUGGACCUGGAUUGCAGCCGCUGCCACCGCAAGAUCGAGAAGGUGCUCGACAGGAUCAGAGAGAAGGGCGAGUUCGUGAUCGACGACAUCGAGUACGACGAGAAGAACAACCGGGUGAUCGUGAAGGGGCCCUUCGACCCCGACAGGCUCGCCGACAAGCUCUGCUGCAAGGCCUGCAAGAUCAUCAAGGAGAUCGAGAUCGUCGAGCUGCCGCCGCCGCCGCCGCCGCCCCAGAAGGAGGAGUCCGAGCCCCCGCCGCCGGAGAAGGAGACGAUGCCAGAGCCGCCGCCGCCUGCGGUCGUGGAGCCGGCUUGCGAGCCGGAGCCGGAGCCCGAGCCGCCCAAGAAAGAGGAGCCGGAGACGAAGCCGCCGGUCAAGGUCGUGGAGAUCCCGUACCCGUGGCCGUACCCUUACCCGUUCCCCGCGUGGCCGUCCGACUGCUGCUGCCACCACGGCCACGGCGGCUGCCACUGCUGCUCCUGCGGCAAGCAGGAGCCCCCCGCGCCGCCGCCGCCGCAGUACCCGCAGUACAUGAUGCCGCAGUACCCGCAGUGCCCGCCGCCGUCGUACCCUUGCGGCGGCUACAAGAUCGUCUGCGAGGAGGACCCCUCCUACGCCUGCGCCAUCAUGUGAUCGUGAUCGAGAUCGAUUCUGUUCCUUCCUUCCACCGCCGCCUCGCCAUUAAUUCGAUCGUCCUGUAUAAGCACCGUACAGAUACACCGGAGAUUGUAAGCUCUUCGCGUAUAUACUCGCCAUAUACUCCUACCUACUCCCCCCCCAGAUUAUUCCGAUCCGCUCUUUUAUUUUCCCUGUGAUUAGAAGCGAAAAAUAAUACAUUACCCAAAAUACUAGGGGUACAUUAAUCAUGCAUGUAUUUACUGUACUGGUAGACAUUAAGAGAAGUGUCGAUCGUUUCAUUGUCAGAUCA